CUAACCCUCAUCCUCCCUUUGUCUGUGCAUGCAGGACACAGAGGUCCUUAACACGGCCAUUCUGACGGGCAAAAUGGUGUCAGUUCCAGUCAAGGUUGUUGCAGUUCAGGAGGAUGGGUCCGUGGUGGACGUCUCAGACUCCAUCGAGUGCAAAUCAGCAGAUGAAGAUGUCAUAAAGGUUUCUGACAGCUGUGACUCCAUCUUCGUUAAUGGCAAGGAAAUGAAAAGCAAAGUGGAUACUAUUGUUAACUUCACUUAUCAGCAUUUUACCACCCAAUUAGAAGUGACGGUCUGGGUUCCGAGGCUCCCUCUGCAGAUAGAGAUCUCUGAUACAGAGCUCAGCCAGAUCAAAGGCUGGAGAAUACCUGUCACCUCCAAUAAAAGGCCCACCCGUGACAGUGAGGAAGACGACGACGAUGAGAAGAAAGGCAAAGGUUGUACCCUGCAGUAUCAACACGCCAUGGUGCGAGUCCUGACGCAGUUUGUAGCUGAGUCCUCGGAGUUUGGAGGCCACCUGACCUACAUGCUGGGCUCUGAGUGGCAGUUUGACAUCACUGACCUUGUGGCUGAUUUCAUGAAGGUGGAAGAGCCCAAGAUUGCUAAACUUCAAGACGGUCGAGUUCUGGUUGGUCGUGAGCAAGGCAUCACCACGGUCCAGGUUCUGUCCCCUCUUUCGGAUUCCAUCUUGGCGGAGAAGACAGUGAUAGUUUUAGAUGACCGGGUAACCAUUACAGAUCUAGGAGUACAGCUGGUUUCAGGCUUGUCUGUCUCCUUACAAAUCAGCAAAGGAAAUAAGAGAGCAAUCGUUUCUACCACCUCUGCCUAUGAUAUCCUUCACACUCCAAAACAGGAAGCCAUAGUCAGUGCUUGGAUUUUGUUCAGUGAUGGGUCAGUGACACCGUUAGAUAUCUAUGACUCCAAGGACUUCUCCAUCACCAUCACUUCUCUGGAUGAGAUGGUAGUGUCUUCACACCAAAACCUUCAGUCCGACUGGCCUGUCGUGGUGGCAGAAGGGGACGGGCAAGGACCUCUGAUUAAAAUUGAAAUGGUCAUCAGCGAGCCCUGCCAGAAGACUAAGAGGAAGAGCAUUCUGGCUGUUGGGAAAGGAAGUGUCAAAGUGAAGUUUGGUCAAAAAGAUUCUGACCAAAAAGGAGGCACUAAUGACAUUGAAGAUGUGGAGAGGGAUUUUAAAAGCCAUGCAAGCAAUUCCAUAGAGAAAGCUGCAGAACAAGACAGGAUAGCACAAGAAUGGUCCAAAAACCACGAGGACGUGUUCAGUCAUGAGGACAAUGCAAACAAAAGCACAACUUUCAUGUCUCCCAUUGAUCAGGAGUCCCUGGAGGAUGGCCAGCUCCAAAAUAACCCAACUGUCUUCACAGGUUUCCCUACACAAGUAGAAAUACCAGGAGAAAACAAUCCCAGUGAUCUCUCAUUGACUUCAAGAGGAUUAACAGAUUUGGAGAUUGGCAUGUACGCGCUGCUGUGUGUUUUCUGCUUAGCAAUCUUGGUCUUUUUGAUUAACUGUGUGGCAUUUGCUUGGAAGUACAGGCAUAAAAGGUUUGCUGUGAGUGAGCAAGGCAACAUCCCCCAUUCCCAUGACUGGGUCUGGCUCGGAAAUGAGGUUGAACUGCUGGAAAACCCAGUGGACAUUUCACUCCCCUCAGAGGAGUGCACUACCAUGAUUGACAGAGGAAUGCAGUUUGAAGAAAGCAACUUCCUCCUUAAUGGGAGUUCUCAGAAGACUCUUCAUAAUCAUAUCCUCAGAUCUUCUGAGUACCUUUGUGAAAAAGAAGUUAAAAGUGAACCUAUAAAUCCUUCUGGGCCAAAGCAGAAGCGAGUAAAGUUCACUUCGUAUACAACAAUACUGCCAGAGGAUGGAGGCCCCUACACCAACUCAAUUCUAUUUGACAGUGAUGAUAAUAUUAAAUGGGUAUGCCAAGAUAUGAAUCUUGGUGAUUCCAAGGAACUUAGGGACUAUAUGGAAAGACUGCAAGACAAUAUGUAAAACUGCUUUCUUAUGUUUGUAAUCACCUUUAUGCCUUCUGUUUAUGGAUGGUGGAGCAGUCAGACCAGUCAGCAAUAGCAACAAGACAGUCCAACCUUGGAGUUACUGAGAUGAUAACCUGAUAUCAGUGAGCAGGUGCAAGAGGCUGGCUGAGUUAAUCCUGUUUCACCACAAACCAGGAUGUGCCCCUAAAACAGCUACCUGUAGGUGUUGGAGGUGUCCCACACGAUGGCUGUUUUUGUAUACUGCCUGGUACUAGCAACACGCUAAUACAACUACGCUCAGACUCAGAGGAGACUUCAUUUGUUUGUCAUCUCUCAUGAUAAAUGGUAAAUCGGAAAAGAAAGGGAUAUUUGUUGGCAUUGAUUUUUUUCUAGUCGUCGUCCUUUGUAAAGCACAGUGGACAUUUCUUGCUUACAGCCCGAAACGAGGCUCACAGAAAAAGGGAUUGGAAUGAAUCCAAUUUUAUUGCCUAUGUGCAAUGCAGCCAAGAAGUCUUAUUAUUUUUUACAGAUAUAAACCCCCCCAUGUGGUUAAUUUCAUCUGCUAUUGUUUAUGAAUUUCAUUUGACUUAGGGAACAUUAAAUAUUUUCUUUGAAGGGGGUUGUUUUCUUUUUUUGUUGUACCAAAGUGUAGUACAGUAAUAUUUAUAAUGAUUUGAGUUUUCUGUUCAUCUGCAUCAGCCCCUAGAGAUACCUCCUUCAUCACUGAUUAUCUUCCUCCUUUCCAUAUGGGUAUAUGGGUCGUUAGUAUUUGAAACAUAGAAAGGUAUUAGAACUCUUACUGGGAAAGGGUUGUAUCUUCUUACAGGGAACUGUAAAUAUAAUAAUAAACCCUGGAAAAUAAAAAUCAAGGAGUAGCCCUGGGUUCACUUUUGUCAUUGCUAACAUGAAAAAGUAACCUGCAACCAAACAGCACAUACUUCAAAGGGAAAUGCUUUGCUGAAACAGCAGCUUGGUUGACAAUACACGUUAUUAUCUGAAUGAGAAAGUCAAAUGUGGUAUUGAAAUGCAUAGAAUAGGAAGGAAACUUCCUAGGAAUUAAGCAAAGCUUGGAUCCACUGUUACUCUGUACGAGUUAAUAUCUUGGUGAUAGAGAUUGGCAGGACACAGAAGUUCAUGCUCAACAGCUGAUGCCCCAGACCUUGUCUAAAACAUCUCUGGCCAUAAAACCAUUAAAGAACAAAACUUUACACCACGUUUCAUUAAAAGGGAAGAAAGAAAGAAAGAAAGAAAGAAAAGGCACACUGGGCAUGCUGGGACUGCAGUCACACAAGUGACUUAGGAAUUUUAACAAGGGAAACAUGCCAGAGAUUCAAAGCUGCCAUUUCAUAGGCAUUAUAUGUAUUUUUUUUACUGAAAACUUGACUGACAUAUGUUGAAAAUUACAGUUCAGAAAAAAAAAAUAAAUCCACAGAAUAAUUAAAAAAACCCAACAAUAAGCACGUGUUCUUGUGGAGGGUCAUGUGCAAUAAACAAAAGAUCCAAAUUACAACUGCCUUACCUACUAUAGUUCCCACCUUUUAGGUAGAUCAAAGCAGGAUUUGAAUUUAUAAUUCAGUCAUGAUAUUAGAACAAACCAGACAAAUUAACUGUGGGAAACUCUGCACUUGGAUCUUAAACUGGGAACAUUUUCAAGGUAACAUGUUAAGGUACUGAAAAAUACAAGAAUUUUAACGUUGAGACUAGAGAGUGAGGACAACAGGCUUAUAUAAGUGAUUAGAGACUUAUGUUUGCUGGCACUGAGCUGCAUGGGGAGGGGAUGGCAUCUGCUAUAAUCUAAUUUUAAGGAAAAAAAUAAUAGAGCACAGAUACGCUUCUUGUUUCAUAAGGAAUGCGUCAAAUGAAGUCUUUGGUUGUUUAACAAAUGUUCUCUUCCCUUUAAAUCCUCCAGACCUCAUAAGGAAAUAUGAAUUUCUACAAAGACCCUUAUGACUAACAACAUAAAAAUUCCCCUUUUAGAAGUUAACUUCUCUUCCCAACAUUUUAAUUUUGUAUUUGGCCCAAGCAUGGGGCAGGACCAAAAAAAAAAUCAUUUACUAUUGUUUGCACAGUAUACUGUAAAUUGACCACAACUAAAUUUAGUCUGCAAAUCAGAGGAACCAGCUUGCUGGUGGUUGCUGCAGAGGGCAAACAGCACAGCUAUUUCCUGACUGCAUACCCCUCAGUUUAGCAGUGAUCUCACAGCAGUGGAUGGGGCUGCCUGACCUGUUUCUGCUCUGUGGCCCCAAUUCUGCUGAGGGCACCAGCAGCUGCUGAACUCAGUCCCUGCUCGGUGCCACAGAAGUUCACUGAGUGCCAAGGGACUCACAGGUGUCCUUGGUUGCUCCUCUGACUCAGCCAUAGGUAACAGAAGUCAACAACUUUACUUGUUCAGAAAAUUUCCCUUCCAGAGCUAUGGCUUGAAAGACAGAGGAUCCUUAAAGUCUGGGUUUUCUCUGCUGUCAUACUGGGGUGCCCGUGGGCUUGUACCUGAGGUCUAAUCCCUGGUGGUCCUCAGUCCCUGCACGUGGCUGUGCAUUCAGGCUGCACACUGACAGAAAGACAAAGGCCAGACCCAUGUGCAGCGUGGCCACUGCUGGAAGCCACCAAAGGGCACCUCAGGCCUUUGCAGCCUUGCCCAGGCUCACAAACCCUUGUGCUCCCGGUGUCUGACCGAGCACGUUCCUAAAACACACCCCGGGGCAGAUCGUGGCUCUGUGUUGUGUUUGCAUUGAGUGGUGAAGUCCUAGUGCAGCACAGCAUCAGUCAGCAGGGCUGUGAACUUCUUCAGGGAAGUUCUUUGGUGGCUCACUGGCUGAAUUCAGGGCGUUUUUGGAGUCACAACUUUGGCAGACGGAGGUAUCACACUAUCCCAAAGUCAAAUGGCAAUUACACCCCAUCAGAAAGGAGUACGGCCACUACUGGUGAUCAGUUCAACAAUGGAAUUGGAUACAGCUGUCCAGAAAAAGACCCAUCCCCCAAAUCUUAAAAAAAAAAAAUCUGCAGGUUCAUAAACCUUUCUUUUUCUUUUUAUAUCACAUCGUUACAUGAAAGUUCUUACACGGAAAAAUGGCAACACUAAAAAAGAAAAGAAGUGGGAAGAGAGAAUUCUAUUCUCAGUAAAGCUGGGAUAACAUCAAUAAAGUGGAGUUAUUUUGGAUUUAUUCUGGCUUGAGCGCUUAUGCUACAUCUCAAGAAAUCAAAAGCAAAAGAAUUUAUAUGAAUAUAUUUGAUGCAAAAUAGUUCUGAGUCAAUCACUUUUUAAAUCAAAUAUCUCAAAUUUUAAUUUCAAAAUGAUGGCAUACUUUCAGCAAAUUUAGUUUAAAAUUCUUUUAGAACCCCCACAAUUUUCCUAUUCACCUAAAUAUUUUUCAAUUACACUGUUAAAUAAAAUAUUUUUUUCAUGGAGUAUCUAAUAUUCCGCUUUGCUGUUAAAUGAACAGCAUUUACACACUGAUAAAAGAGUCUCUGCUUUUGAGAGAACAAAGCAAUGGUAGCCAAAUGAUCAAAAGGCACCAAAAUGUAUGCGUGUAAGUAUGCAUGCAGGAAAGUAGAAUUGCCUAAAAAAAUAGAAACUAUACUGUCAGAUUCACCAGAAUUAGGCUUCGGUAGGUGCCUAGGGAAGCAAUACUUGUAAUUUAAUACCAAACAAACAUCAUAUCUUACUUAUGGCAUGUAUAGAGAAGACUCUGUGAGUGACUUUCCUUGCCUGCUCUGAAGGAAAGACAGUGUGCAGUAUGAAUAUGUACACCAGGAGACAUCCAGGAACAGUCCUGGAAGCAAUGGAUUCAUGGAAUAUGGGGAGUUUGCAAACGUUAAAAAUAAAGCUGAUGCCAGACCCUCAACUCCUGCAGUCAGAGCUGAGUGACAUGUGGCAGCUGAACCCUGGCUAGCAGAGGACAGAGAAGCAAGAGCUGGCAGUUCUCAUUUGUGCAGAACUUCUUCUUUCCUUUGACCAUCACCCCCAGCCCAGCCCAGCUCCUUGGGGCUUGUCUGCGCCUUCCUUCUCAUUGAAGUAAGAACUUAGGAACCACUGCCCUGCUCUCCUCUUGCUGUAGAACACACAGAUUAAUGUUUUGAGCUGCUGUUUCUUAUUGCAUACUGGGGAAUGUACAAGAAGAUCUUACAGCCAUACGACACAGUACAAAGAGUCCAUUAUACAAUGGAAAAAAAAACAAAAAAACCCUUGUAUUUCAAGGUAAAAAACCCUAUGAAUGAAAUACCAAUUUUUCAUAGCGGAUAUGCUCUUUUAUGAACUAUAAAUCAUGUGCACUACAUUGAAAUACACUAUAGUGUAUUGUGAAAUGCAUACAUUAAUUGCUGAAUCUAUAACACUGAAUAUGUAUAUACAUCACACCUGAGAUAUUUAUACAAUAUAAUAAGUCUUAGAUGUAUAACAUAACGAAUUCUGUACAAAAUAAACAGUAAGUUAAGACAAUGAAAGAGAACUUUUAUAUCUGUGUAAUUUUUAUGCUGUUUAAGUUAUUCAAGCUUCAGUUUUCACCUUUAAAUGUGCCCUUUAAAAAAAAAAAUACUUAUUUUCUGUAGGCAGAUGUCUGAAAUAAAGACUUCAGUCUUCAGAGGAGAAGCAAAUGAAAGACUGAAAGAAACGGAUUUUGCUGGAGAAAUAAACAUAAUGUU